AUGGGAGCGAGUCGAAUAUCACCACCUUCUCCGCCGCCACCUCUUCCUCUCAAUACCGUUCGAAUCGUGGAAGUCGGCCCUCGAGACGGCCUUCAAAACAUCAAGACAACCAUCCCAAUGGCCACGAAGCUCGAGCUCAUAUCUCGACUGCGACAAACAGGACUCACGACCAUCGAAGUCACGAGCGUCGUCAGCCCGCGUGCCAUCCCUCAGCUGGCGGACUGCCGGGCUGUCCUCGCCGACACGGGCAUUCAGAAGCUGAUACGAGCCAGUGGAUCCCAGUCACAGUCACAGCCACCGACACAACAACUUCGUCUAGCGGUGCUAGUGCCAAACUUGAAAGGGCUCGAGAUUGCGCUGAACCACGGUGUGAGGGAAGUAGCCGUGUUCGUCAGUGCGACAGAGGGAUUCAGCCGGGCCAACAUUAACGCGACGGUCGACCAAGGACUGGCAAGGGCGCAGCAGGUGGCAGAGAAAGCGAUCUCGGCCGGACUGGCGGUACGAGGCUACGUCUCGUGCAUCUUCGCAGACCCGUUCGACGGUCCUACGCCACAUUCAGCCGUGCUGAAAGCCACGACCAGGUUGCUUGACAUGGGAUGCUACGAAGUGAGUCUCGGCGACACGUUGGGUGUCGGUACCGCGGCCGACGUCAAGAGCUUGCUCGCCUAUCUUUUUCGCAACGGCGUCCCCGCCGCACAGCUCGCCGGCCACUUCCACGACACAUACGGCCAAGCGGUCGGAAACGUAUGGCAGGCGUACCAGUGUGGUCUCCGGGUGUUUGACAGCAGCGUCAGUGGCCUCGGGGGAUGCCCGUUCGCACCCGGAGCAAAGGGCAACGCGGCCACGGAGGACUUGGUGUACAUGUUCGAGCGAGCCGGGUGCGACACGGGCGUCGACCUGGAGAAACUGACUCAUGUGGGAAACUGGAUCUCAGCUCAGCUGAAAAAGCCAAACGAGAGUCGCGCCGGUGUUGCUCUGACGGCGGCGGCCGCCAAAAAGGCCCUGCUCUUCAAGUCGAAAACCGCAAACGACCAAAGCGGUCAGGCUGGUGCAAGGGGUGACAGCAAUACUACGCGGCCUGGAGGACUCGUGUGGACGCUGGACCAAGGAACCGAGAGUGACAGUCUGGUGGUGUAUCGGUCCGGUGUGAAUCUCAAAGCGGUGCUCAACAAUCCCAAGAAAGGCAACGCUCUGACGGUCCCCAUGAUCUACGAGCUCACACAGCUCUUCCACAGAGUGCGCGAGGACCGCUCAGUGUCGCGGAUAGUGAUCACAGGGCAUGGCAAGUGCUUUUGCGCAGGGAUGGAUCUGGGCAAGGGGUCAUCUCCCGUUGCGCAGAGCCAGGAGGUCAGCGACGCACAAUACGAGAGGUUGGCGACGCUCUUUCGCGCAGUCGAUACCGCGCCUCAGGUGACGAUCGCCGCCAUCAACGGACCGGCGUUUGGCGGUGGGGUUGGACUGGCGUUUGCCUGCGACAUCAGGAUCGCGUGCAGCGCGGCGACCAUGACGCUGAGCGAAGCCAAGCUGGGCCUGUGUCCCGCGACGAUAUCCAAAUAUGUCGUUCGAGAAUGGGGAUUUUCUUUUGCGCGGGAGGCCAUGCUCUCUACGCGGCCCGUGACCGUGACCCAGUUGCAGUCGCUGGGCUGCGUGACCAAGGUCGUGGCUGAUGUUUCACAGCUCUCGCAGGAAGUAGACCGCUACCUGACUCGAUUGAGGGUAGCGGGUCCAGAGGCUUCGAGUAUGUGCAAAGAGCUCGUCAGGCUGGGAUGGACAGAUCCUGGCGGCGAGGAACAGGAGAAAGGAAUCAAGCAGCUGUUUGACAGGAUGAUGCGCCCGGAUGGAGAAGCUGGUAUCGGAUUGAAAGUGUUCCAAAACAAAGACAGAAGAGCUCCGCCAGAUUGGGACGAGAUAACCUUGUCCCGGUUGAAAGGUACGAGCAAGCCAAAGUUGUAG